AUGAUCGGCGCACCUUUGAAACCACUAGAGGAAAACGGGAAAAGAAGAGAUAGUACUAGUUCAAUCGAUGCUUCUACUUGUACUGUUCAGGAGACUAUGGCGUCCGGUGACAAUUUUCUAGCCGGACUCUCACGUGUUGAACAACCAGCGCGCCAACUAACUAUCGUGACCAUGUCACAUGCCGAGCAUAUGGGCCUCAUUUUCCCAAACUGGGUUCGCUUGUGUUAUCGCCGUGGCCCAAUGGAAUACACGCCCUACGAUAUGAAUAUGCCUCCAAAGCUCGUGCCUCGUCCACCUUUGCAUUAUAAAUUUGAUCCACCACUCACCGAGCGUGGACAUAUCGUUGCUGAAACAUAUGGUCGUGGACUGAUUAGUCAUGGAGUUCGCCCAUAUGAAAUAUUCUGUUCUCCGGAUAUGAAAUCAGUUCAAACAGCUGCUGGUGUGGUGAAAGGACUCGGAUUAUCUUUCACUUCAUUCUUUGGUCUUGGAUAUCCAAUUAACACUCAAUAUAUUCCACUCCGUGGAGGAAUUGUUCCGUCUGAAAAUAUCGAAUCUUACAAUUUGCGCAUCCAGUCAUUCUUCAAUGAGCGUAUCGCUAAAAUUGAGCAAAAAUAUGUGAUUGUAAUUUCUGAUAAUGUGAUGGUUGACAUAUCUCAAAACAUUCGUAUAGAUACGGUCGAUGAUAUUUUGAAAAGCACGAGAAAGCAUACAUGUCAACGGAAUUUCAUUUCACUUCAGAAGGGAGAGGCCCACCUUCUCCAGGAUCCGGUCAUGCCACUCACCAAAAGUCUCUAUUGUGUGAAACCAUUCUAUUGGUCGGAAGUUCCAUUGAAACUGUCGGUUCCAAAUCAUCCGGAACUUAACCAGAAUUAA